AUGGCUUUGUCUGAUUACGCUCGUGUUCUUGGGCCGCUCUUCGUGGGCGUGGCGAUAUUGUUUCUGGGUAGAAAAACUUGGCACAAGAAACAGCCAUCAAGAAUACCGAACUCUGAAAUAAUCCAGCCGAUUCCGGGUCCAAAACCGCUGCCAGUCUUCGGAAACGCUCUUCUUCUCGAUAUCAAUGAUCUAGUGGGCUCUAUUCUGGCUAUAGCCUACAACUACCGCCCGAUAUUCUCUCUGACCCUGCUUGGGAAACGCGAAACUUUUGUCAGCAGCCCUGCGCUCUGUCGAGAACUGUGUGAUGAGCAACGCUUUCACAAGUUGGUGACCAAGGGACUUGAACGACUGCGACCGGUCACUGGUGAUGGUCUUUUCACCGCAUACCAUGAUAGCCAUGCCUGGGGCGUUGCUCAUCGCGUUUUGCUGCCCUACUUUGGCACGUUCCGCAUCCGGGACAUGUUUGACGACAUGAAAGAUAUCGCCGAGCAAUUAUGUUUGAAAUGGUAUGAUCCUAUUGCACCCAAGUGUAAAGGUUGUUAA